ACCGACACAUCAUAUAUGAGUUGAAGGGGUCAUCAAGCUCAAGGUCAGGAUCGGGGUCAUCAAGCUCAUGGUCAGGAUCGGGCUCAUCAAGCUCAAGGUCAGGAUCGUUUUCCUAUGACAUGAACAAAAAAGGUUUGAGGAGACUUUACAACAGUCCAGUUACGAAAGUUGAAAGUUACUCCAGACCACUUGGAGGAUUCCUUGGGAAAGCUGGACUAGACCAUACUGGAGUUGUAGCUACAACUAAAGAUGGCGGCAGAUAUCUGGUACACAAAGGAAGUGGUUAUGGGAAAUCUUCCAGUACAGUCGUAGUUGAUGCUAAGCAUAUGUCUAACAAAUGGUCAAAGACUGGAGAAAAAUAUACAAGUGGAAAAACAAUAUCUGAUCUCAUGAAGGAUGGUUAUGUCAACCAAAAAUAUGGAGUAGGACCAAACAGGAAAAUAUGCUGGCAGUCUUCCAACAACAUAAUGUACAAGUCGGGUCGCAAAAAGAGGCGAGCAUGUCGUUAACCAGUAAAACAUUCUAAAGUAUAUAUUAAAUAAAUAGAUUCCAGCUGUCGAUUUGAGAUUUCAUUAAAUGUUUUAAAUUGUUUGUAAAUAUUGUAAAGAAACAUGCAGAGAAUAAAAUUUACACACUGUUAAA